UUUAAAUGUUGAUUACAUAUUACAGUCUACUUUUCCCCUUUUUAUUUCCAACAAAUGUAAAUGCUGGAUAUGGACAUGCUCCAAUGCGUUACUAUCAUCAACAAACCCAACAGCAACAACCUACUGUGCCACAACUUUAUUAUGCACCAAAUAUAAAUUCACCGAUUCCUUUACAUGUUCAAAGAAGAAUUAUGCGUUUUUGUACAAAUAAACAUCCAGAACAUCCUAAAUGCAGAGCCCAUCCAGAAUGGAUAUUCCCCAAAGGUUCAUUACCCUCAAAUUCAUUCACAGACGAUGAUGAUAGUGACGAAUUUCCCCAAAUUGUAAAUUUUAAAUUGCCCCCAGUUCCACAUCCCUACAAAAUUGAGAGAAAUCCUUUAAUUGGAGUCCCCGAAGAAUUAAAAAAAGUAAUUAAAGUCACAGAAAAUAUUCAAAACCCAAACAGCAUUCAACAAACAAUAAUGGGAAUAUGUGCACAAACUGGGGAUUGUAUGACACAAAAACCUGAAGCAAUUAAUCAAAGAGCUAAUAUUGCAGAACAAGAAGUUUCGAUUGCAAGAGGAUUGGAUCCUCAUAAACCUUUGGAAGAAAUUGAUUUUGAAGUAGAAUUACGGUUAUCUCGUUCAUUUCAAGUAAAAGAAGGAUUGGUGAAGCUUGGUGGACUUGAUAAAUUUUUGACCUCUUCAAAUAAUGGAGUAUAUCAAGAGGAUAUUUUACUUUCUGAACAUCAAUCAAAUGCUAUGAUAUUUCAAAUAGAAAAUCAAAUACAGGAGGCAGCAUCACAUCGUCACAAAAGAGCUGGAAAUUCUGUAUUUUUCGAAGGAGUGCCAGCAUUACGUUGGCCUAGAGAUGAGCCGAUAAAAUAUACUUUUCACCCAACAAUUACUUUGGAAGUUGAUAAAGAAACAAUUCGUUCAGCAAUAAAUGAAAUUCAAUCAAAAGUUCCCUGUUUGAGUUUUGAAGAGAUUGAAUAUACUCAAGCAUUGGACUCGAGAAUAAUUUAUAUAAAGGCGGGAGUUGCUGGAACUUGUGGCCAAGGAUCUGUUGGCCGUCAAGAUCCUGUCAAUGCAGUCUACCUAACUUUUUCCUGUUCAAAUUCAGUAGGAGUUGCUAUACACGAAACACUUCAUGCUCUUGGACUACAACACGAACAAAUGAGGAUUGAUCGUGAUCGUUAUAUUAAUAUAGACUAUAAUAAUUUGGAUCCAAAAAAUUAUGCAGAAUUUGCUAUUGUCGACAAAACUAAAUAUACGAGUUAUGGUAAACAAAUAAAUCCAGCAAGAAAUGAUCCUUUAAUGGGACAGAGAAAUGGACUUACUGCUUCGGAUAUUGCUGAACUACACCGAAUGUAUUGUGCUCCUGGUGAGAAUUUAUAUAAAAAUAUUUUUUUUAAUAUCAGCAAUCCCUCCUAG